AAGCACAAGAAGCGUAACCAUGAAAUACUGCUAACUAUUUGUUUCAGCUUUAAUGCAUAAUCAAUGCACGCUUAACAAACGUUAUUCAAAAUUAAAUUAUGAGAUUUAAAAUUUAAUUAUGUAUUGUUAAAAAAGAUAAUAAGUCAAUAAAAAUAUUUCCGUAAAGCAUCAACAAUAAAAGAACCAUAAGAAAGAAACUUCUUGAGAGAUACGUAAGUACAGCCAUUCAUAAAGAUGUUUCGCUACACAAAAGCCGUUUGCAGAAAAAUACCCAAAUCCAUUGUGUCUGGAGGUCUACGAAUGCAGAAAGAAAAAAAAGCAUUGGAUCAUAACCUAGCCUUGAAGCAGCAACAGUCAUACAUCAAUGCACUAACUAGUUUAGGUGUUAAGGUAACCGUAUUAGAAGCUGAUGAAGCAACACCAGAUUGCGUUUUUGUUGAGGAUACAGCCGUCGUGGUUGGUGAAACUGUUGUUAUCACAAACUCAAGCAUGCCUACAAGAAAAUUAGAAAUAAUACCAAUCAAGGAACACUUUGCUAAAUAUGAGAAAAACAAGAAGAUUAUACAAAUGGAAAGUCCUGCUCAAUUGGAUGGAGGUGAUGUUAUAUUUACAGGCCAUGAAUUUUUUGUUGGUCAGAGCAAGCGAACAAAUGAAUAUGGAUUGGAAACGUUACAGAAGGCAUUUCCACAAUAUCCUGUGCAUGGCAUAAAAGUCACUCACACAUUGCAUCUGAAAACAAUAAUGUCUGUAGUUGAAGAAGACAUGCUAACGUGUGGAACUGAACCUCACGUUUCGGAUGCUCUCGAAGAAGUCCUCACAAAAGCGACAAGAAAAUACAGUGUGUUAAGAGUACCCGAUGAAGCAGCAGGAAAUGUGGUACUGGUUAACGGUGCCAUAUUAUGUCGGUCACAACAAGAUUAUCCUGACUCUUACAGAGAGUUUGAGAAACUGGCAAUAAAAAAGAUCGAUCUUGAUGGAACCGAGCUGGAAAAGGUUGAUGGCUCUUUCACAUGCUGCUCUUUGCUUUACAAUUAAGCUUGAUUGUAUUAUACUUACUCACUUGGAAUAAAAUUUCCGCAUAAAAACGUAGCAUCAGGGCUGGGAUUGUUUUCGUAAAUUGUUGCGUGGCAUAUAUGAAACUUAUAGGUAACCUGCUCUGUUUGUAUAAUUAUAAUUUGCUUUUUUAAUAUAGCAAAAGGAGAGCGUUUAUUUUUAAUGAUAAAUUGUUACAAUUAAUAGUUUAUUUAGAAAAAAGUAGAACAAAAUAUAUUUUACCUCUA